CCUCCCCGAAAAUACCAAAAACCAAAACAUUUCUUUCAUUUCCUCCUUGCCCAUCCCUUCUUCUCCUCCAUAGCUGCCGGGGGCGCCGCGGCCACCUGCUUUAUCAUGACCACAAACUACCAUUAAGACGUUAAUAUUCAUUCUCUUACUAACAUUUGUUUUCGAGUAUUUUUUUGGUUUUGUGGUGCGUUUCAUGUGCUAGGAACAUUUCCAUUCAAAAUGGUGUCAUUACGAGUUGAUCAAAUCAAUCAAUUAAAGGACAUCUUCGCAAGGUUUGACAUGGAUUCGGAUGGCAGCCUGACCAUUCUAGAGCUUGCGGCGCUGCUAAGAUCGCUAGGACUCAAGCCAUCCGGCGAUCAAAUUCAUGUCCUGCUAGCCAACAUGGACUCUAAUGGCAAUGGUGCGGUGGAGUUUGAUGAACUAGUCAAUGCCAUAUUGCCUGACAUGAAUGAACAGAUAUUGGUAAACCAAGAGCAACUCAGGGAGGUUUUCCAUUUGUUUGAUCGUGAUGGCAAUGGCUUCAUCACCGCGGCGGAGCUAGCAGGCUGCAUGGCCAAAAUGGGACAAUCAUUGACAUAUAGAGAGCUGACGGAGAUGAUCAAAGAGGCUGAUACCGAUGGGGAUGGUGUCAUUAGCUUCAAUGAAUUUUCUUCUGUAAUGGCAAAGUCAGCCUUGGACUUUCUAGGCAUUACUUUGUCAUGUUAGGUUAUAUAUAAUUUAUUCUUUCUUUCUUUCUUUCUUUUUUUUUUUGUGUAAACAUUACCUGGAAUGAUUUGUCGAUGGAUCUUACUGUGAAUUAUUAAUA